UUCCGCUUCCGGAGCGAGCGCGGAGAUGGCGGCGGCCGGUGAGGAAGCGGAGGCGACGGACUGGGCGCUGCCGCCGGAGGUGGAGGUGCUGGAGUCCAUCUACCUGGAGGAGCUGCAGGUGGCGCGGGGCCUGGGCAGGUGGGAGCCGUGGGAGAUCAGCAUCACCCUGCACCCUGCCACGGCCCAGGACCAGGACUCGCAGUACGUCCGCUUCACCCUGGUGCUCUCCGUGCCCCCUCAGUAUCCUGAUAAAGCACCGGAGAUCUCCAUCAGGAAUCCGCGGGGGCUGUCAGAUGAGCAACUUCAAAAGAUUUCCCAGACCCUCAGAAGCGUUGCUGAAGCCAGACUGGGGACAGAGGUGCUCUAUGAACUGAUUGAGAAGGGAAAGGAGAUCCUCACUGACAACAAUAUUCCUCAAGGACAGUGUGUAAUCUGCCUCUAUGGAUUCCAGGAGAAAGAAGCCUUCACAAAGACCCAUUGCUACCACUACUUCCACUCCCACUGUCUGGCCCGCUAUGCCCAGCACAUGGAGGAGGAGAUCCUCAUGCAGCAGGAGGAGAGAGAGCAGCACCUUGCACCAUCCCCCAAACAGGAAGUUGGUGUGCUGUGCCCUGUCUGCCGGGAGACCCUGGUCUAUGACCUUUGUGCUCUGAAGGCAGCGCCGCCCCCGCAGCACCCUCUGGAGCCAUACAGGCCAGAUGCCAAGGUGCUGCAGCACCAGGAAGAACUGCGCCUGAUUUUCAAGAGACAGCAAGAGAAAGGGGGAAUCAUCGACCCCGAGGCAGAGAGGAACCGAUAUUUCAUCAGCCUCCAGGCGCCUCCAGCUGCCGUGGAUCCAGGUCAAGCAGCCACUGCCUCUGAGCUGUCGGUGAGUGCCUGUGCUGCGGACGCGCCCCAGCCGCCCAGCCAAGCCUCGGCUCCCGAGCCAGCUGGGUUGUCAGAGGCCAGGGUGGAACCCAGGCAGCCCGAGAGGUCUGCUGUGCCCAGAGAGCAACUGAGCAAGAGGGAGAGGCACAGAGGGGAGAGGCCAGGCUCCAGAGGCCGAGGCAGGCCACUGUGCAGUGGCUCACAGGAACCAGGAGAGGAAGCCUGUCAUCCACUCCAUGGCUCCAGGGGGCCCAGGGUCUUCAGCCAGAGACCAGAGCGUAGACCUGCUGGACGGCACAGCCAGGAGUUUUCAAAGCCUCAUAGUAGAAACAGGCCUGCUCCCCUGGCUGAAAGAAAAGAGUUGUUCCAUGAAGACCCCUCACCAGCAACCGAAACUGUGGGUUUGAAAGAGGAGCACCAUGAUGUGGAAAAAUGGAGCACAGAGGAGGGGACUGAGGCUCGGGGCAGGAAAAAAGAGAACCUGAUGUUCAACCGCAGUGACCAUAAAGCUGCCCCCAACUGGCAAGGCCACCAUAGGCCCUGGGAUUGUGGAAGGUGGGAGAGGUCCAGAGUUCAGGAGCGUGGUUCCUACCCCAGAGCACAAAGAGGGCGAGGGGUAUUCAGGCCCAGUGGACAUCGAGAAACCCAUCUUGAGAAGGAGAGUGGCUCCUAGCAGGAAUGAUGAGGGGCUGGGCUGGGGGAAAAAAGGACUUUCUGGGGAGACCAAUGAAGGCUCUGAUGAAGCAGUAGCAAGCAGAUACUGUACUCCCUGCAAGGGAGGAGACAGAUUGCAUAUGGGACAGCUUGUGACAGGCAGUGUUGCCAGGGUAUGUACAAUGUAAAGCAUCCUGGCAUGACCAGCUGGCUGUUACCAGCAUUGGAGAAGUGGAAUAUUGACAGAUCGUAUCAGCCUUGGUCUCAGAGGAUCCAGAACACAGAGGUGGCUUUGGGGACCUGCAGCCAUUGUCCCUAUAGGUGAAAUGCCAAGAAUUGUGCACACCUACAGAGCAAAGGAACUGAGCCCAGCAUGGUGCCAUGGCAGAGACAAAGUGUGCCAAGACCUUCCCUGUAAGCCAGUGGAGCUGUGGUGGUGCCAGAGCAGUAUCUUGAGCUCACUUCCACUUGCUCUGUCCCCCAUUCUUUCUCAGAGCACCUUCUCAACUGCUGGGAUUGACCAGGCAAGUCCUUACUACACAGGACAUUGCCCAGUCCCAGCCAGGAGAUCCAAGUUAAGCUCAAGUCAACACAUUUGCAGGUUACGGCUGUCUGGUGGCUAAGGCUUCACCUUGGCUCCUGCUUCUCCUGGGAGCCCAUUUUUAGCUGGAGCUCCUGCCCCAUCUUUCAGCUGCUUUUGUGCAGGCUGAAGCUGAUGGGGGGGAACCUCAGAAGAGAGUACUCUGCUUUGUAACCUGUAUGUGUCAGAAUCCCCCUCCAAGACCAGGCUGUCUCUUGGCACUUCUGACAACCCAGAAGUGAAGACAUGCUGCUGUAUUUUGGAUACUGCUACCCUCCUGUAAUUUUCAAGCUGAUAUUGCUUAAAAGAGGAUUUUCUGUUUAAACUAACUUGGUGCAGUUAUGUUUGCUGCUGCUCCACAGAUGUAAAUAGUGUCCCAAUCCAAAGCCACGAAGAAUGAUCCCAGGCCUCUGAAGUGGGGCAAUGCUAUUAAAUUAAUUCAUUGGGUCUUC